AUGACCCUACCAUUAUAUUAAAGAAGCAGGGAAAUGAAAAUAUAUCGACUAAUGGUAUCAAAGUUAAAAACAAAAACAGGAAGAAGAACUCAAAAGACUCAAAGUCUAUUUUAGUAUUAUCCAGUGGCGUUAGUACAGCACCACGAGAAGAAGAUAAGAUAUUUAUAGAAGAAAAUACUCUAGAUUUCACAAAUCCUUAUGAACCGUUUGUAAUCCCAGAAUAUCUUCGGGGGCCACUAGAGGAAUUUGAAGCGCUCUGUGACAUUUCAAUGUGUAACAGUUAUCUUUUGGAUAAUAAGCCAGAUCAAACCUGUGAGAGCCUGUAUGAAUAUUUCUCUCAAAUUUUGGAACAACAUGGCCCUAUGGAAAUAAAUAAUAAAUUACUAGUUGGGGAAUAUGAACAUUUCCCUGAAGAGGCUCGAAAGAUUAUAGAAGAUGAAGGUGGUCUGAAAUCUUUUCUUCUGAAAUCCCUUCGUUUCAUUAUGGUGGAUAAUCUUAUUGGCUUAAAAAAGCAUGCGGUCCUCAUUGAAGAAGGUACAAACAGAAAUGAGACCGGAAAUAAUGAAGAAGAAAGGGGUGUAGUCUGUGAUACUCAAGAAAAAUCUUCCCAGAACAAGCUACAGUUAAACCCAGCUGCUAAGGAAUUCAAACCGCUGUCUUACCCUACGCAACCCCGUAUGUCAACAUCUACUGACUUUAGAGUAGCAAGUUAUAAGACUCCACCCUAUCUGCCCUGGUCUUUUCCCGCUUCACGUAAACCGCUGCGUUCGUUGCAUGGUCAGAGUAUUGACGCCAUAGGAAACGAGUCACCUUUUUCAGGCAUUUUACUGAAGUGCUUUGAUUCGAAGAAUCCUGGUAUAUUUUUGCCCCCGACGUCCUGGGGUUAUCAAUACGGAAGCAUGCUGCCAGUGCCCUCUCAAUUGCCUCUCGUUUCAAAUGUUGCCAAGCAACCCAGUUAUAUUUAUGCUGAUGGCGUAGCUCAUCCAGAUAACGAUGAAUCAGCAGUUUCAAAGAAAAAGCGCGUCUUCAGCAGGCUUACGCCGGCUGAAACACAAAGUUAUGAAGACCCUCUGUGCCAGCCAAGGAACUCAGGUAACGUGCCUGAUGAAGCCGGUAGUGCCGUUGCAAAUGGUACGAGGGAAGCCGGAUGUGGUACGCAGGUUAUUAAGAAGACGGAAAAAGAAAGAGGAGGUAGCCCUCUAGUGAAAAACAAUCCCCAUACAAGGAUGAUAGCUGUUCAGGUAAAUCAGGAAGUAGCUGAUAGGGAAACUAAUACCUUGCCUUUUCAUCCAUUUGAAAUGCAACAAGGAGAUAUUCUACGCGUGGAAAAGGAGCAUCAGGUGUUACAAGAACAACUUAAAGAAGCACAGGAAAAAUACGAGCAGUUACAAAGCCGAAGCUCAGCGGAAACCAGUGCUUUGAAAGAGCUCCUGAAAAGAAACGUUGAAGAGACUGAGAUAUCAAAGAGUGAACUGGAUUGGUUUCAUCAGGACUUAGAAGUACAAGUGAAAAAAUGGCAACAGGAGAAAAAAGAAAAUCAAGAGAACUUGAAAGCGCUAAGGAACACUGCUAAAAAGCAUAGAGAUACCAACGACAGGUAUUCGAAGAGCAUCAAUGAGAAGGACAAGCAGUAUAAUGUACACCUAAAUACGUAUCUCGAGACCAGUAAUAAGUUUGCUAACGAGAAAGUCAAAUUGGAAGAGCUUAUAACAAAGAGUCAAGAUGACUGCCAGGAGUGUGUGAAAAGAGCUGUUAAAGCAGAGAUAUCAGUACUCCAAAACUGGAAGGAAAUGGAAGUAUGCAAGCUAAAUGGCAUCGCUGCCAAUGCAGAAACAAAUCUCAAGACGCUGAAGGCGUGCAGCAGCAGCUCAGCUUCAGCAGCACCGAAGCUGAAAUCGGAGAUUGAUUCCUGGGAAACAUUUGUUUCAAAUGUAAAGAAACAGCUGCAAAAAGUAGAGGCUGAGUAUGAAGAAAAAAUUCAGAUGGUGGAAAAUGGCGUACGGAACUGCCUCACUAAAAGGGAAACCCUGGAUCCUCCUUCUCCUCCCAGUGUGUCGACAAAGCAAGGCAAACCAACAGUCAGUGAUCCAGCUGUCAUCGCAUGUUCCUCUGCAUCCGCACAUCCUGACUCGCUUCCUGCAAUUUCAACUUGUGAAGAUCGUGGUCCAACACAUGCUUCGCUCAGUACGCAGGCCGAGGUUAAGCCAGCACAUGCAAAUUCUCAGUCUCACCCUGCAAGCGGUGGGGCAGCGAAAACACACUCUAGGCCUCUGGAAGGAUCGUAUUCCGAUAAAGUUUCAGCCACUUGCCCAUCAAGGGCUUCUGGAAGUAAUAGUGUCCAGCCAAAUCAGAACCCCCAAGGUGACUCUGCCGCACAGCUGAGGCCUCCGGGACUGCCGAACAACAAAAAGCUUCCAGAAGCAUUUGAAAGCGACGUUGCGUGUCUGCAGACCAUAUUCCCCAACUACAGCAGCUUGGACUUGGCUAGCUUCAUAAAAGACUUUCAAAGAAGAAACGGGAAUACGUUGUCAGGCUUGAGCUCAGACGAAAUUCUCAGCAGAGUGACAGAACUCAUUCUGGACCAGCAGAAUCAGGCACCACCUUCAACGGGGAGACUGCUGAAGUCUGUAUCCUCUGCUUUGCCAGUGCAGACUGGAACUCGAAGUCGGGAAGUACCUGCAGAAGAAAACGUGCCCAGCCCGCCCAAGGCAAGACCUGCGCUGAAAAACACCUCGAGCAGAAGUGCCCCGCAGCCAAACCUCCAGCCGUGGGGAAAUGUUGGAGCAACACCUAAAUCUAAAUGGAAAAAACUAGACUAUGCGGCCUCCAGUGAUGAUCCCUGCACAAUAUGUCACGACGAGCUGAGCAGAGACUGGUGUGAACUGGAGUGUGGGCAUCGCUUUCACACACAGUGCAUCCGAACGUGGCUUAAGCAACACUCAAGUACCUGCCCCAUCUGCCGCGUUCAUGCUCUGUUACCGGAAGACUUCCCUGAGCUUCCUGCACGGAACAAGUACAUCUAA